AUGGGUCUGCUCUUCUCUAAACCUCAUAAGGAUGGAGACCAUGGAAAUCUGGAGUCCGGUUUCACCAAAUAUUUUAAGAAUUAUGAGCCAGAAACCAAAAUCAUUUCUGAGGCAACUACCCAUUUAAUAGAGUUAUGCCUGGAAAAGGGGGACAUUAACGGGGCAAACUCUAUAAUCAGUGAUGCAUUAAAAAAUAUUGAUAAUGCCACAAUAAAUAUUGCUGUGACAGGAGAGUCUGGAGCAGGGAAGUCCAGCCUCAUCAAUGCCCUGAGAGGUGUUAAACACGAAGGGAAAGAUGCAGCUGAAGUGGGGGUAACAGAGACAACCAUGAAGGUAGCUCCAUACGAACACCCCAAAGUUAAAAAUUUGACAUUAUGGGAACUGCCUGGUAUUGGAACUCUGAAAUUUCCACCAAAAGAUUAUCUAGAAAAAGUAAACUUCGAAAAGUAUGACUUCUUCAUUAUUGUUUCUGCCACGCAACUUACAAAGCAUGAACUAGACCUCGCCAAAGCAAUCAGAAUUAGGAAAAAGAAUUACUACUUGGUGAGAAGCAAGGUGGACUGUGAUCUAGAAAAUGAAAAGAAAUCCAAACCACGUAGCUUUAACAGAGAAAACACCCUGAACAAGAUCCGAAAUUACUAUCUGGAUGCCUUGAAGGAGAAUAAAAUUGAUGAACCUCAGGUUUUCUUGAUAUCUAACUUCAAUUUAUCUGACUAUGAUUUUCCAGUCCUGAUGGACACCCUGGUUAAGGAUCUUCCUGCUGAAAAGCGUCUUCUUCUUUCCUUGCUUAAUAUUACUGAGGCAGCCAUUCAAAAAAAGUACAACUCUGCUAAGCAGACUAUCUUGUUGAAGUCCAUGUUGGAUGGAUUUGUGGUAGCUUGUCCUAUACUGAGCAUUUUAAAGGUCUUGGAUAAGGAGAGGCUGAAGAAGCAUUUAGACGACUAUCGUGACCUCUUUGGAGUCGAUGACAAAUCCCUAAUGUUCAUGGCUGCGGAUGCCCAAGUGCCUGUUGAACUGCUGAAAAAAAAACUUAAAUCUCCUUAUUUGUUGGAACUUAAGGAGGAAACAUUAGAAGGAUUGCUUUUCAAAUAUGUGGAGAAAAUUGCUAUAGCUACUGGUGGGUUCCUGGCAACAGGUCUUUACCUCAAGAAAACCUAUUACCUACAACUUUAUUUCCUUGAUACAGUGGCUGAAGAUGCCAAAGUUCUCCUUCAAGAGGCAUAUUCAAAAAAGUAG